CAUGGCCAAACCACCGGUCCAAGUCAACUCUAUCUUUCUUCUAUCAAAUUCCAAAUAUAUACCUCUGCUCAGUCUUCUCUACCCCAUCUUCUUCCUUCUUCAUCUCUCUGUCUCUAUAUAUCUUACCUUUUUAGCUUGUAUCUCAAUCUGGAAUCUAAUGAGAAAGCCUUGCUGUGAUAAGCAAGACACCAACAAAGGAGCUUGGUCUAAGCAAGAAGAUCAGAAGCUCAUUGAUUACAUUCGUAAACAUGGAGAAGGUAGCUGGCGAACCCUCCCUCAAUCUGCAGGGCUGCUUCGCUGCGGCAAAAGUUGUAGGCUGAGAUGGAUAAACUACCUUCGGCCUGACCUUAAAAGAGGAAACUUUGCUGAAGAUGAAGAAGACCUUAUCAUCAAGCUUCAUGCACUUCUUGGAAACAGGUGGUCUCUAAUAGCUGGAAGAUUACCUGGACGAACCGACAAUGAAGUAAAGAACUACUGGAAUUCUCAUUUAAGAAGAAAGCUUGUGAACAUGGGAAUUGAUCCAAAUAACCAUCGUUUGAACCGUAAUUUUCCUCGUCUUCAAAACCCACAAGGCUCUUUUAGUGCAACAUCUUCUGAGUUGAAAAGUGAUACCACCAAAACCCGACAUGAUAAUAAUAAUAAUAAUAAUGAACAAGCAUCUGAUGCAGCCAGUUGUUUGGAGGAUAGCCCAAUUGCUUUGCCUGACCUAAACCUUGACCUCACAAUGAGCAUUCCUUCUUCUAGAUCUUUCAAUAUCAGUCCUGAAGCGAAGCAGAAGAUUACUGAAUCUAAUUUAUCAAAGGAACCAGAAUUUGCUGCUAGUUCUCCUACGCUUCUCCUCUUUCAGUAAUUACAUGCUGUUCUUGUAAGGAACAUCCUAGUGAAAUUAAGCUUGUAGGGGAGGAACAUAUAUAUAUAUAUAUAUAGAUAGAUAGAUAUAAAGUUGGGAUCUGUCGUCUAACUGUAGAUCUUUGAUUGUUUGGAAAAAUAUGGCAAUGCAAUAAACAAGGACAAGAAGCCAAAAUGCAACUC